ACGACUCGCUUUAAAUUUUUAGAUUCCAUUGAUAUGGAAUACAAUAGUUAUUGACGUCAUUUAACAGAGAGGAAUAUGAUUGGUAGCGGUUGUAAAAGUCAUUACCAUUGGUUGUUUUGUCGACUAUUUUGGUUGCAAGAACUGUUUCAAAAAACGUACUGUAUCGAGAUUAAGCUCUGAGUUUGAAUUGCGCCUCCUCAAUCCAAAUCUAAAAAUAAAUUCGUUCAAUCGAAGCUUUCGUUGCAUUGUUUCAGUGUCACUGCAUAAUCCAAUCAAAACAUGAAUAUAUUGAUUUUAUGAGAACUGGGAGGAAUAUAAAAAAAAUAAUUAAAUGUUUGAAUUGACUGAUGUUAAUUAUAGAAAGUGAUGGAUUAAAAAUGUUUCGAUACAAUAAAAGAGCGUUACAGGCUCUUAAUCAAAGCCUCACAACAAAUAAUUUCAACUACACCACAAAUUCAUCCCAAGAUCGAGCUCAAGUUGUAAUAGCAGGUGCAGGUAUUGUAGCUAAUUCUGUAGCUUAUCACUUAACACAAAGUGGUUGGAAGGAUGUUGUGGUUCUCGAACAAAAUAAAAUAGGAAGUGGAACCUCUCACUUUGGGUCAGGAACUUUAGGUCUAUUUAAACCAAUAUCUCAUUGCAAUAUAAUAUGGUACAGUAUUAAAUUAUAUAAAACAUUACAAGAAAAUGGGUACGAUUUGGGUUUGAAACAAACUGGAAGUAUUAGUUUAGCACAAACUAAAGACAGAUUAAUCGCGUUAAAACGCAGAAUUGCUUACACAAAGCCCGCAGGAUUACCUUCUGAAUUAAUUCCGCCUUCAGAUAUACACAAUUUACAUCCCCAUCUCAACACUGAAGACAUCGUAGGAGCUGUUUGGCUCCCUCACGAUGGGGUUGCGAAUCCUACAGCAAUAUGCACCGUCCUAGCAAAAUUAGCAAUUGAAAAUGGGGCUAAAUAUUACGAAGGAGUUACCGUUCAAAAAAUUUUAACGAAAAAUCGUCGCGUUUAUGGCAUAGAAACCGAUAAAGGCGAGAUUAGAUGUGAAUAUUUCGUUAAUUGUGCUGGAAUGUGGGCUCGAGAACUUGGAUUACACUGUAACCCACCUGUUAAAAUACCUGCUUAUCCCGCUGAACAUUAUUAUGCUACCACACCGUUUUUAAAUAUAGAUGAGAAUCUUCCGUGUGUAAGAGAUUACGAUGGUUACACUUAUGCAAGAGAAUACAACGGUGGUUUUAUGAUUGGUUGGUUUGAAAAAGAAGCGAAACCUGCGUUCUCAGGAAAACAAGUUCCUAAGAAUUUUAAGGAACACGUUAAAUGCGAUUGGAACCAUUUAAUGCCUUAUUGGAAACGAGCAAUACAAAGACUUCCGAUUUUAGAGACGUGCAAAGAACCGAAUAUAGUGAACUCUCCAGAUAAUUUUACUCCGGAUGGGAGAUGGAUUGUUGGUGAAACUCCAUUAAUUAGGAAUUAUUUUGUUGCUUGUGGGAUGAAUGGAAAUUCCUUACAAGGUGCUGGUGGAAUUGGAAAAGCAGUAGCCGAAUGGAUAAUAGAAGGUGAACCAAAACAAGAUCUCCUCCCGUUUCAUAUACAACGUUUUCUCGCCGUACACAAUAGCACAAGAUACUUAGAGCAGCGCAUAAAGGAAGUCGUGGGGAGACAAUACGCUAUUUUAUACCCACACCAAAGCGAGUACCAAUACGCCAGGAAUUUAAGAGCUUCCCCUCUUUAUGGAAUAUUAGAAACUCACGGGGCUGUAUUUGGGAUUAAAAUGGCUUACGAACGUGCACUUUAUUUCAAUGUAAACUAUAAAAAAGGAGGGCCGAAACCUGAAAUGCCACCAGGAACAUUUUUUAAACCGAAAUUUUUUGAUUUCAUGCGAGAAGAAUAUUUGGCUUGCCGAGAAGGUGUUGGAAUUAUUGAUAUGUCAUCAUUCUCAAAAAUUGAAGUAGAAUCUGAAAAUAUGGAUGUAGUAAGUUACUUACAACGACUAUGUUCAAACGAUAUCGAUGUACCAAUUGGACAUAUUGUUCAUACGGGAAUGCAAAAUGAAAGGGGUGGCUAUGAAAACGAUUGUAUGUUAGUAAGGCAAACAGAAAAGUCUUAUUUUAUGGUUUCCCCGACGAGUCAACAAACUCGAGUUUACGAGUGGAUUAAUAAACAUCUUCCAUUAAAAUCAUUAAUAAAAUUAAAUGAUGUGACUUCAAUGUAUACUGUGAUAAAUUUAGUAGGCCCGAAAUCCCCAGAACUUCUUAAUGAACUUUGCAAUACAAAUAUGAAAUUUGGACCAUUUUUAUAUAGGAAAGUAAAUGUUGGGUACGCUUCUGAUGUUAUGGUGAUGUCUUUUACUCACACUGGAGAGCCUGGGUAUUGUUUGCAUGUACCAUCUGAGUAUGCUUUGCAUGUUUAUAAUCGAUUAAUGACUGUGGGGAGAGAUUUUGGUAUAAAAGAUGUAGGAACAUUAACUCAACGUUUUAUGAGAAUCGAAAGAUUUAUUCCAUUUUGGGCAGAAGAACUAAGCAGUUCUACAACACCUUUCGAAGCAGGAAAUUCGUACAAUGUACGACUAGAUAAAAGAGACAAUUUUAUUGGAAAACCAGCUUUACAAUAUCAGAAAGAAAAAGGAAUUAAAAAACAAUUAAUUUUCUUUCAAUUAAAUAACAUUAACCCGGACACCGAUGUUUGGCCGUGGGGAGGUGAACCAAUUUAUAGAAACGAUGAAUUCGUUGGAUCGGUUACUUCAGCCGGUUAUGGGUUCUCAACAAACAAAUUAAUUUGUUUAGGAUUUAUUCGACGACCAAAAUCGUCGAAUAACAAAGUGGUCACUAAUGACUUUGUGAUGUCAAAAGACGCUAAAUAUGAAGUGGACAUUGCUGGGAAACGAUUUUCAGUAUCUCCACAUAUUCAUGCCCCUAUUCUUAUUAAUAAUGUAUCCCAAUAUAGAAAGUAUAAACCUACCGUAGUUGAACUUAAUAACAAUAUACCCCAUAACGCUUUGUAAAGGUGAUUUUUCUUAGAUUUUCAAAAUUCCUGUGAUAUAAUGCGCAAUCUGUAAUAUAAAUAUAUUAAAUAAAUAUUUAUUGU